AUGAAGCCAUAUUACGGCACAAGCAGAGUGCGGAUGCUUGUGCCGAGGUGGAGGGAGUACCUGAACGCAAUGUACAUGGGCAAGUACAGUCGCGCGAGACUCUGCAGCGUCAUCCACCCACGGCCACUCCCAUGGCGGGGUAAUGGUACCUGCGAGACGCGCACGAGGUACCGGCGGAACAGGUACCGAGGAUCUCAUCGAGGUACCGAGCACAGCCACAGGCACCGCCGUGGCCACGGCCGCCUCGUUGGUGCCGAAUUACCCCUCCAUCAUGGCCCAACAAAAGCGGCGGUGCCUCGACGAGCCCCUCUCGACGGUCACGAGAGCAACGACGGCCUCGACGACGACGACGACGACGACGACGACGACGACACAACGUCCACGACGCAGCCUCGCCCCCCCCCCGCGGCCUCCCUCUGUUGA